UGGCAUUUUUGUUAACUUGCUAAUCGAUGAUCAUAUGCCUGCUUCUAUUGUUUUAGAUGUACUUUAUUUUUGGUUAAACAAUGGUCGUAAUAUUUUUAUUUCACAAUGUGAUUAUUGCAAUUUAUUUUAUUAUGUACUAAAAUAAUAGAAGCAGGCAUGCCUAUGAACAUCGAUUAGCAUGUUAGCAAAAAGAACCAUUUCCCUCCAAUAGAAGCUGACAUGUCUAGGAUCAUCGAUUAGCAUGUUAGCAAAAACACAAUUUCCCUCAAAUAGAAGCAGGCAUGUCUACGAUCGUCAAUUAUCAUGUUAGCAAAAUCGCUUAUUUCCCUCCGAUAGAAGCAAACGUCUAUGAUCGUCGAUUAGCAUGUUAGCAAAAACAUCAUUUUCCUCCAAUAGAACAAGCUUAUCUACGAUUUUCGAUUAGCAUGUUAGCAAAAAUACCUAUUCCCUUCGAAUCGAAGCAAGCAUGUCUAAGAUCGAUUAGCUUGUUAGCAAAAAUACCUAUUUCCCUCCAAUGGAAGCAAGCAUGUCGAAGAUUGUCGAUUAGCAUGUUAACAACAACAUAUUUCCCUUCAAUAGAAGCAGGCAUGUCUAUGAUCGUCGAUUAGCAUGUCCGCAAAAACGCCUUACCCUCUGAUAGAAGCAAACAUGUCUACAAUCGUCAAUUAGCAUAUUAGCAAAAACACCAUUUCCCUCAAAUAGAAGCAGGCAUGUCUACGAUUGUCCAUUAACAUGUUAGCAAAAACGCCUAUUUCUCUCCGACAGAAGUAAACGUCUACGAUCGUCGAUUAGCAUGUUAGCAAAAACACCAUCUCCCUCAAAUAGAACAAGCUUAUCUACGAUUGUCGAUUAGCAUGUUAGCAAAAAUACCUAUUUCCCUCCAAUUGAAGCAAGCAUGUCUAAGAUUGUCCAUUAGCUUGUUAGUAAAAACACAAUUUUCCUCCAAUAGAACAAGCUUAUUUACGAUUGUCAAUUUGCAUGUUAGCAAAAUACCAUUUCCCUCCAAUCAAAACAAGCAUGUCUAAGAUAUUCGAUUAGCUUGUUCGCAAAAACACCUAUUUACCUCCAAAGAAGCAGUCAUGUCAACAGUCAUUGAUUAGCAUGUUAUAAAAAAAAAACAUUUUCCUCCAAUAGAAGCAAGCAUGUCUAUGAUCAUCGAUUAUCAUGUUAGCAAAAAUAGCAUUUCCCUCCAAUAAAAGCAAGCAUGUCUACGAUCGUCCAUUAGCAUGUUAGCAAAAAGACCCAUUCCCCUCAAAUAGAAGCAGGCAUGUCUACGAUCGUCGAUUAACAUGUUAGCAAAAACACUUAUUUCCCUCCAAUAGAAGAAGGCAUGUCUAUGAUCAUCGAUUAGCAUGUUAGCAAAAAUGCCUUACCCUCCGAUAUAAGCAAACAUGUCUACGCUCGUCGAUUAGCAUGUUAGCAAAAAUGCCUAUUUCCCUCCGAUAGAAGCAAACGUCCACUAUCGUCGAUUAGCAUGUUAGCAAAAACACCAUUUUCCUCCAAUAGAAAAAGCUUAUCAACGAUUGUCACUUAGCAUGUUAGCAAAAAUAACUAUUUCCCUCCAAUCGAAGCAAGCAUGUCUAAGAUCAUCGAUUAACUUGUUAACAAAAACACCUAUUUACCUCCAAAGAAGCAGGCAUGUCAACAGUCAUUGAUUAGCAUGUUAGCAAAAAGACCCAUUCCCCUCAAAUAUAAGCAGGCAUGUCUACGAUCAUCGAUUAGCAUGUUAGCAAAAAUAACAUUUCCCUCCAAUGGAAGCACGCAUUCUGAUAACAAUCAAUUAGCAUGUUAGCAAAAGUACAAUUUACGUUCAGUUUAAAAAAUGUAAAUAAAAAGUACAUCAAUAAAAUAUACUUUUAAAAAAAAAUCAUGAUUCCUGCUUGCCCUCCCACUCAAACUAGAUCAGAUGUCAAUCACUGUCAAUGGCAGCCAAUGAGUUAAAAGGAGAAAACUGUGAACAAGGGUUUUGGGGGGAGGGCGGGGUCAGAUUUUUUUUUUUCGGUUUGUCGGGUGAUGUAUAAAGAGGAUUUGCCAUAAUUUUGUGAUACGCUAUUUUGAGAGUAGCUCUUUGUAUUUAAGUGUUUCUUCUCCAGAGCUCGGCUGACGUGCUGGAACCUUUUUUUUUUCUUCCUGUCUUUACUUUUGGAAUUGUAUUUAUUCUCCACGGCACCCCUUUGUAGCACCGAUGCAGCAGAGUUGAUUUACCCACACGCCUCCUCAAUAUGCAGCAGUCCUGACAAUGAACAAUGGCCUUCUUUGUCUUCCGUGGUUCAAGCCAUUCUCGCUAUCCAGGGUUGAUACUUCAUUUGGGCGAUUUCCGGACCCCCCUCUUCUCCCCUCCGCGCUGGUUAUCUGUGACUGGGACGCUGCAAUGGGGGGGACAAAACAAAAAACGAAAACACUAUGCUUUGAAUGGAAAAAUGGAGAGAAAAAGACAAUAAGAUUGACUAAAAUAUACCUCAUAUCACAAAAAGCGUAAGAAAGCAGGGACGCGUUUGGUUGUAUGUAGUGGAAAUAUUUGUAGAAUAGGUUUGACAUAUUGUUAUCAUUUUUUUUCACACUGCCUGUGUUUACAAUGAUAGAGCAAGUGACUUGUCCAAAAUGCAAAAUGUAUUUUUUCGUUUCGUCGGAUUUUUAAUGUACAAACAUCCAUGCCAAGCAGUGUUGCAUUCUAGAUGCCUCGUUUGUAGGAUUUUUUUUUUUCUCAUGUUAUAUCCCUUAUUUUUGUUACUUGCCAUAAUGUUUUUUGAUAUGAACUCUAGAAGGAUAUUGUUUACAAAAAUGUACAAAAACACUAAAAAUGUGUGUUUUGUUUUUUUCUUUUUUUUUGGAGUUUGGAUCAAGUAUGCAUGAUUUUUAUGGCUUUUUUUUCUGCCUGUCACCUCAAUACCAAAUGUUGUAGCAGAAGCCUUCCCUAUUUCCUUUGUCGCGGUAGUACUAGAGCACCCUCGUGACACCAUUUCCCCCCAGGCUGUACCUGUUAUUGAGAUGAUGAUCGGAUUAGAGGAGCCAAUAAAAACGUUUUUUUCUUACAAAAGAAAAUCGAGUUUUUUAUUUUUUAUUGACAGUUUCAUAUUGUAUAACAUUAUUUUUGCAUUUGACAGAAAACCAACUGGAGUUGUCUACUGUAGUGACACAAGAGGGCGCUGUUUCAUCCCAUGUUAGUCAACUGGUGGAACAGUUGAUGUCCAAUCAUGUGGCAUCCAUACUGCUGUGAAUUGAAAUGCAGUGCAGACAGUUGUACCCGAACCAGAGGAAGGGCACACCACACCAAAAAUGACAACAACCACACUGAUCAGAGCCAGACCAACAACCACGCCAAAACCGCCGACUACUACACCUGCCGGACCAACCACCACGCCAAAACCGCCGACCACCACACCAAAACCGCCGACCACCACACCCGCCGGACCAACCACCACGCCAAAACCGCCGACAACCACACCCGCCGGACCAACCACCACGCCAAAACCGCCGACAACCACACCCGCCGGACCAACCACCACGCCAAAACCGCCGACAACCACACCCGCCGGACCAACCACCACGCCAAAACCGCCGACAACCACACCCGCCGGACCAACCACCACGCCAAAACCGCCGACAACCACACCCGCCGGACCAACCACCACGCCAAAACCGCCGACAACCACACCCGCCGGACCAACCACCACGCCAAAACCGCCGACUACUACACCCGCCGGACCAACCACCACGCCAAAACCGCCGACAACCACACCCGCCGGACCAACCACCACGCCAAAACCGCCGACUACCACACCGGCCGGACCAACCACCACGCCAAAACCGCCGACUACCACACCCGCCGGACCAACCACCACGCCAAAACCGCCGACAACCACACCCGCCGGACCAACCACCACGCCAAAACCGCCGACAACCACACCCGCCGGACCAACCACCACGCCAAAACCGCCGACUACCACACCUGCCGGACCAACCACCACGCCAAAACCCCCGACAACCACACCUGCCGGACCAACCACCACGCCAAAACCCCCGACAACCACACCUGCCGGACCAACCACCACGCCAAAACCCCCGACAACCACACCUGCCGGACCAACCACCACACCAAAACAGCCGACAACCACACCAAAACCCCAAGGUAUCUGUGAUCGUCAACCAUGUCCUUUCGGGAGCCGAUGCGAGGCUCGUGCCAAUGAUACCCGUGUAUGCUUGUGUAUGGCUGGUGAUUCCUUCAAUGAGGAAAGUCAAAGUUGUCAGACUGCCAAAGUGUUCCCAGGACAACUGCAAGUGCCUGGAAUAACAUUUGAAAAGAACAUGACAAUCAAAACCUCAACCAUAUUUCAACAAACUGCCAAGAAAAUUACAGAUCAGGUGGAUGCAGUUUUCAAAGAAAAUCCUGGCUAUUCUCAUUCUAUUGUGCUGGAACUCAAGUCCAUCGACGAUCCAAAAGCACGAGCUAAUGGCGGCGUCAGCGCUACAGUUGAGAUGAUCUUCGAGAAGUCUGCUGAAAUAAAUACUACGCAAAUCAUCAGCACCAUCGCUAAAGCCUCGGAAUGUGACGGUUGUCUUCUGGCCAAUUCCGAGUUUUCAAAAACUAAACUGUGUAGUAAGAAACCAUGCGAUGAAAAAACCUCAACGUGUUCCGAAGAAGACAACGGCAGUUUCACCUGCAAGUGUUCGAAGGGUUACAUUAUGACAGAUUACAGUGAGAGAUCGUGUAGCGCUUGUCCAAGUGGUCAGACGCCCAGAGGAACCCGGGAAUGUAUGAACUGUCCAUUCGGUUACUCUGGUUUUAACUGCAAUGAAUCGUGGAAAUUAAUCCUGGUCAUCGUUGGUUCUGUGCUUGGAGGACUGCUAGUCAUCACAGUUAUCGCUCUGAUCGUCGUGGCUGUCAAAUCCCCAAAGAAGACCUCCAAGAGAAGUAAAGGUUUAGACGCCAGGAACACCAACAUGAUCAACGUUUCUGAUCGAGAUCCUCUCGUUACGAGUUUGCCGACCAAUCACCGGGAUCCUCCUGUUAAGAAGGAACCCGCCAUGGGAGUAAAACCAUUCCCCAAUGGAGGUGUACCCAAGAUCCCGCGAGCCACAGCCGCCAGUGCCUGGGAUAGCGGCACCAACCUGGAGAUGACACCUAGCAAUAGCCGCCAGAACUUGGUGAAUUCGGGGCGGAGUGCGCUCAAUGAAAACUAUGAGGAAAUACGCGAUAGUCCAUACAACCAGCCACGCAACCAAACCAACCCCUACACCCAACCGAGGCCCCUGAACAACCCGUACGCAGAAUCCCGAGCAGGCAACAACCCUUAUGCCCAGAGUCGUCCUCAGACCAACCCGUACGCUCGGAACCAAGGGCAGGCGAAUCCCAACUUCUCAGACGAUGAUGGGAGGCCAUUCAGCUACUGAGGAAUCUGUUCCUCGUCAGCAAUAGCAAUACAAAAGACAAGAACUGCUCAGGGAUUUUGCAGUAGAUGAAAUAUGUUAAGGUGCUAAACAUCGCGCCAGGGGGAAUUCCAGUCCAUCUUCUUCUAUGCUGCAAAAUAAAUUUAUUCCGUUUUAUUGUUUUUGACCUUGCUUUUCAUGUUCAUUGGCCACAAAAUGUCUUCCAUUCUUUGCCUUUCUACCUGUUUGGAAAGUAUGUAAUGCAUAUUUUGGGAAAGUAUAAAAUGCAUAUUUUGUAUAUUAAUGUACAUUUAAUGUCUUUGCUUUCUCAUUUUUGGGGAGGUUAUAUUUAAAGAGAACACAAUAUAGUGUAAUUUAAACGAUAUUUAGAGGGAGCUGACCUAUUUUUAUAUUCAAACACAUCUUGUAGUGUGAUUGUCUAAUUAUCACCCAUUCUCCUCCAUGUUCUGUUGUCCUGCUUACAUGUUAAAGGGACUGUACCGUAAAUCAUACAACACACGCUUUAAUUACUGUAGUAUUUUGAAUAAUGAACGUUUUUUUACUGCUUUACUGUUCUUAACUUUGUUCACAUUUGCACAUGAAAGUACAUCAAACUAUUGACUUGGCAAAUUAUGCUUACGUUUAGAGGGAGCUAGUGAUCCACCAGCGACACCUUUAGAGACUCAAAAUUACAUGAUAGGUUUACCACUAUUAUAUUCAUCAAGCUAUUGUACUGUAAAAAUAUGAUUCACUAAAUGCUAUGAACUGUUUGCGUCCUCAUUUUUUUAAGCUCGUGACCCGAGUACAAAAGCUAUAGAAUCUUGAUUUAAGAAACAUAUAAAGCAAUAUACCUUUGUGCUUUAGUGCACUCAAGGAUUGUGAUGUGUAACAAGGUCACAUGCUGUAAAGCACUCACUGUUAGUGUGAUUGUGCAAUAAUUUGUGUGUGAAUGGAUUUUAUGGGGCUUCAAUGAUAUAUUUUUAAUUGCUUUGGGAUGUUGGAAGAUUGUGUGACACACAAUACUAAAAUAACUCUUUAGGCAUUAGAAGUUCAAAAGGAAUGGAUGUAAAAAAGUUGCAAAGUCCGCUAGUUUAAUGCUAACACUUCAACUCACAAUAUAAACCUUAAAUAAGAAAUAAUUGUACAAAAGCAUGUUUUCAGCCGAUUCUGGUUUUAAAUUACUGUUGAACUAACAUAAAGGGCAAGGAAGUUGAUAAAACAAUUUCAUAACUUUGGCCUUAAGUCCACUAGCGUAUUGCUAAACCAUUAACAUAUGAUCUUAAAUUACAUACAGUAUAUUUGAAGACAAUGUUUUUGCCACUCCUUUUUUAUGUUUACUAUCAAACUUACCAAAAACUCAAGAAAAUUUAAGUAAACGUAUAAAACAAUUUCAUAACUUUGGCAUAAAGUCCGCUAGCUCAUGCUAAACCACUAACACAUCCUAUAAACCUUAUUCUGCAUAUAUUUAAAGACAGAAAUAAUCUGUGCCAGUCCUUGUUGAAGUUUACUGUCAAACUUAACAAAACCCAGGAAAAUUAAACUAAUAAUACAAUUUCAUAACUUUGGCCGUAAGUCCACUAGCUUAUUGCUAAACCAUUAACACAUGCUAUGAACCUUAAAAGAAUGUAUAUUUGAAGACAAACAUGUUUUGUGCCACUCCUUGUUGAAGUUUACUGUCAAACUUACAAAAACCCAAGAAAAUUAAACAAAUAAAACAAUUUCAUAAGUUGGCCUAAAGUCCACUAACUUUUGCUAAACCAUUUACACAUGCUAUAAACGCUAAACUACAUAUAUUUGAAUUGAAGACAGCAAUGUUUUGUGUCACUCCUUGUUGAAGUUUACUGUCAAAAACUCAAGAAAAUUAAACUAAUAAAACAAUUUCAGAACUUUGCCCUAAAGUCCGCUAGCUUAUUACUAAACCAUUACCAAAUGCUAUAAACCUUAAACUACAUAUAUUUGAAAAUAAACAUGUUUUGUGCCACUUCUUGUUGAAGUUUACUAUCAGCCGUGACAAAAACCCAAGAAAACUCAAGUAAACUACUAAAACAAUUUCAUGACUUUGGCCUAAAGUCCGCUAGCUUAUUCCCAAACCA